CCCUCAGUGGCGUGGAUCCCUCUGAUAAACUCAGAACAGUUUUUCAUCACAAAGUAUUUUCCAAUUCCUAAAAAAACCACAACCGGCAGUAAAAACGGGCCGGCAAUCGUACGGAAAAAUAAUUGUUAAAGAUAAAAAUUUGGUUUUAGAGUUCGUACCGCUUUUCUUUUUUUGUUAGUGAUAAAUUCAUGUGAAUCGAUGGGAAAUUGACCGGCCGGUAGCAUCCAUUGUCUCUAGAACCUCGUGAUAAGGCGAGUUAAUGAUUUUCGAGGAUCAGAGGAGGUCGACAGACGUUGAGCUGUGAUUAAUCAUGAGAAUUUCGUGGCUUCAGCCAUCAUCAGUGUCAUGAGUCUCCUUAACGGCGCCAAUUUAACCCCCUCGAUCGCUGAGAUGAAGAGGAAUGGCAGUGGUGAUUCCCAGGCGGAGAGGUCCUCCGUGGGUCCACGUCGACGAGUGCACCUUUUGCAGACCACCGCUCUUCGACGCUCUUCGACGGAAACCUCUAGUACCAGCCCAUUGCGCAAUAACGUUUUACAAUCGUGGACUCAACGAAGGAGUCCAAUACUAAUUCGUGAUUCUAGUUCAGAUCCUGACAAGUCCGUGUCCCCUUCUAGGUUCCGUUUUUCUCGGAAUAGAAAACCCCUCUCGAGAAUUCUAUUCUCACCAUCUCAGGAAUUUCAAUCGAAUUCUGGUAAUUCACUAUUGCAGGAACAAUUGAGUCCCAGAAAUCAUUUCUCUCAAUCAAUAUCAUCAAAAUCGCAAUCGCAAUCGCAACCGACGAAUAUCGUUAAAUCAGCGAAUCGUCUCAAGGAAAUUCGUGCACGGUGUAUAUGCGAGAACGCGAACGUCAACUCGAUGGGUCAACCGGCGAAUAUUUCGACACCAAAAAGCCGACAAAGUGUUGAUCGAGAGGAUGACAUUAACAUCGAUGAGAUGAGCGAUGACGAAGUCAUCUGUGAUGAUUCUGACAGGUCUGGCAGGUCCAGAGACCAGUUGGGCAGUGAAAUUAGGAAGACCGUGGAGGAUGUGAUCGAUAUCUCCGAUGGUGAAGAGGUUCCAGUGUCGGCUCCCCUUUCCGCAACGCCUCAUUCUCCCAGGGUGAACGAUGUCAGGGACAUCGUGACCAUUGAGAUCAGUGAGACCGAGCCCGAGGAGAGGGUCGAGCUAAUUUCUUCUGUUCCCACUACCCCACAGACGAAGAGCAAUGACGGGAUUAUUGAAGAUCAUAAGAGCGAGAGCAAUGAUGAUUGCAUCCUCAUUUACGACGAUGAGGGCAAAACCUCGGAAGACCCAGUGAUGAGUGUGUCUCUUCUUGAGGAGGAGGAAUUCAAGGGAUUUGGCACACCUCGUCAGCCAUCGAGGCUUCAUCUCAUUUCCCAGGAGAAUGGCGAAGUCUCCGAAGGCACGGGUCAUGCUGACGGUCCAGGAAGUGGAGCUGCUGUCACUGCGGAAAUUUCUGCAGAUGUUCCCACUGCCAAGACACUUGAGGCACAGCUCAAAUUAACGAAACCAUGUUAUAUCCCUCUAUUCCAGGCUAAAAUAGAGCUUGAGAAAUUUUUCGAAGAGAGAAAUGAGAAAGAAGAGGAGAGAAAACUGAGAAGCAGGGAAAAAUCCAAGGAGAUUCAAGAGGGAGAGCCCAUUCCAAUGGAGACUGCAGACUCUGUGGAAGGAUCGAGUAGCCAGGGUACAUCAAACUUCGGGGGAAUCACGAGAGCUCAUGAAACAGAGCAUGAUUCUGAGCGAAAGGGUAAUGAGGUUUACGAGAAGUUGGAGAAGCAAGGAAGCGGUGAGAGAAAGAGACGCGGAAGAAAGCCAGGAUCUAAAAAUAAAAUAAAGGUACGAAAAAUCUCGAGUGAUGAUAGAGAGAAAGAUGUGGAGGACGAGGGUCCGGAGAUAACGAGAAGGAGGUGCACACAGAAAUCCAGAGAUGUUGAGGGGUGCGAGUCUGAUGAAGUUGAAGUUGAAGAGGCGACAGGUGAAAAGAGCAAUGAAAUUGCGUCGAGUGUUGAGAAAAUUGUGGAUUAUCAGACUCCGAAGGAAGCUGAGAAGCUCGAUAAUGUAUCUCAGGUAUUGGAAACGCAGACAAGUGGAGAAAGAAAGAAACGUGGUAGGAAACCUGGUGUCAAGGCCAAGCCUAAAAGUACUCUCGAGGUGCCAGCUGUGAAGCCAAAAGAGCCUUAUCAGUAUUCCAAGACUGUUGGCAACAUGACUAUUAAUGUUAUCACGAAAAAUCAGGCUAUGGAGAAGGCCCCACCGCCGAAUAAUGAUGGAUUCGCGGGGAAGGCAAAACGUGGACGUAAGCUUGGGGUGAAAAAUAAGCCGAAAGGACCUGGAGGUGGGAUACAGGGCUUCAAGAGGCCGAAGAGGAAGUACACUGUCAAGGCCAAGUCCCAAUGCAUCGGUCAAGGCAUCAUCCAGGAACCCGAACUACACUGCUGCUAUGAGAAGCCCUGUUGUGUUUCUGUCGGAUGCUCUCAUGGAAAUAAUCACAAGAGAAUUGGCAAGCUUCUUUCACUUCCGGAUAAUACAGAAUUCCUCUUCGCUGAGCAGAAGUAUCAGGAGACUGUUGAGAAGAUUAAUGAGAGAAUGGCGCAAGCGAAUAAUUCUGAUUCGGGGACUGACUCGGUUGACACUGAAGAUCAGACUGGUGAUGGAUUGCAGAAGGCUAUAAUUGAAUUCGCUCCGAUCGAAUUGAUCAGCAAUUCGGAAUCGAAUGGUAAGAAAAUCAGGGGCUUCACAGUGCCUUUGCCACUUUCAGUGCCAAUGGAUGAUUUCGAAACUCUGGAGAAGUCUCAGGAAGACAAAAUACCCAAACCCAAAAUCGUCCAAGACGAGACAUUCCCAGAAGGCACUCUAAAUCACGUUCUCCCAAAACUCCUGAAAACCGGUGCACCUCAAUCUACCACAGCCCCAACUUCUCCACGACGGGAGAAAUUCGGAAUAAGAUCAACAGUCCCCUCCCGGAAGUGUCUCAACCCCUCGAAGAGCUCUGCAAUAAUCGAUUCAAAGAUCCUAUCAUGUUUUGACAAAACCUGGAGGAAAAUCCCAGAGAUCGCGGCUCUCAUGUCGGAGGACGUGUCAUCACCAAAGAAAAUUCGUAGUGACGAAUCAUUCGAUGGAGAUACCACGGACGAACGUCAAUCUUCGAGGUCGCCGUCGAUCAGUAAUAUUGACGUUAUGAAUGGUCAUGCGAGGACAUCUCUCUUGAAUGGGCUCUUCAGCAAGCCCCACAUCCUUUCGUCGUCGACAAAUAAUCGUCGAACAUUCGAGAAGAUAUCGCACAAAUCAGUCUCAAAGGAUCAGCGAAUAAUCAAAGGCAUAACUUCUGAGAAAAAAUAUGGAAAUAAAACAAAUCGUCCACGACUGACAAAGGAGAAUUUAGAAAUAAUCAAUCAAUCCACAGACGCCCAGGAUGGCCUUGACGUAAUGUCCCACAUAAUGAAGCAAAUGCAGGUGCCAGGGAAGACAGUUCCUGCCAUAAAAAUUCCCCUGAGUCCUCCGAUUGUGGCCAGACGAUUACCAGAGGAUGGAAAAUACCAGAACGGUGCAGUGGGUGUGAAAAAUAAUCGUAAGCGAAUCGCAGACGAGAAUUUACAGAGUCCUGAUGAGAAGAGAGUGAAGAGGAAUAGUCAGUGGAGUCUCAAUGGAGAUGAUGAUCUCUCUGAAACGUCUAAUGACAGUCGUUUGUCGGUGUUCGUCGGUGACAGGAGUCGUUCUAGUUAUAUUCUGAGUGGUUUUGAGAAGAAGAGUGCCACUGGAAAGAAUGAGUUGAUCGAUGCCUGGUUGACUAAGGACGUGGACUCCAAAGACGCAACCUCCCACUCUCCACACUCUGCUAAAACGUUCAUGAAUACUCCCAACGAGAGGAAUGACGGUGAUCUAGAGAUGGCAGAUACACUGGAGGCUAUUUUACAAGUGGGUUUGAAUUCUGAAGAUACCAUUGACGAGGCUACGAAGGACGUGCCCAACAAGGAUGAUAUUCCACCGGUAGAUUCUGAGCAUGAACUGUCCUCUGGAUCCUCUUCCUCCAAGACUGUCACGGAGUCGUUGAAGGAAAGCUCUUCUUCUGGAAUUGGAACUCAGGAUAAAGAGAAACAGAGUUCUUUCGAGACUGAUAAUGGGGGCAACAUUCAGGCCUCACAGCCAUCAGCUGUAGUUGUUCCUCAGGAUGAUGAUGAGGAGGAGGAUGAUGACGCACUCUUUCUUGAUGUGGGAGAUGAUGAUUUAAUGGAGGAGACCCCGGAGACUCAUGAAGCCAAAAAGGAUAAGGACAAGCCCCCACAGAAGAUAUCGCCGAUUAAACGUCAGGCAACGCCUCCAAGAAUAAAUCCCAAUGAAUCACCGAAAAGAAUAGCCCCUAUUGUGAGUUCCUCGAUUCUUACCAUUAGAGGAAAAUCGGCGCAUAUAGCUUCAAAACCUGUCAAUUGGGAUGACGGUGAAAUCUUGGACCGUGCAUCGAACUCUGAGACGUAUCAGAUGGCAAAUUUUGAUCGAUAUGCGAGUCAAACCUAUCGCGAGUUUAAUGAUCAAUACUCAGCAGUUGACGCUGCUGAGGGGCAUGAACCAGGGGAUGAUUACGAUGUUUACGCACCAGUACAGAAUACUGAGAGAAUGUAUUUCCCCAAAGACCCAAAAGUCUUCUUCAAAGGUUUGUGCUACGCUUAUUUGAAAACUGGAAAAUGCAGUCGAUUGGAUUGUCCCUUCCACAACAACAAGUUCUCGUUUUAUCUUCAAAAUUUAUCCAAGGCCUUUCCAGCGGUCAUUGAAUCUGUUCUCAAUCAUGCUAUUCAGGAGAGCUACUUUCACGCUCUUCUGGAGAUCUAUCCAGACGCUGUGAAGCAACUGUCUUUAAGAUCAAUCCAGAAUGUCUGUACAAAGAUCCAUGUCCAGGCUGUCAAGCACAAAACCAAGGUCCACGUUAAUUACGCUGCAUAUAAAUUCUAUCAGGAGUCUAUGAAACCGAUAGUGGCAGCUCUUAUCGAAUUGAAGAAAAGCCCCAUAACGAUAAUUAAUAUGUUGUCCAAGUGUUUUCUUCUCCCUGAUGACGAUGAUAUCAAGAAAUUGAUGAGGGUCUUGAUUGCAUCAAAGCAAAUUGCCCCUGGGUUUCAUUGGGACACUUUCAGGGAUUUAGUCAAGCAGUUGACCUCAGCUCCACCACAGUUUCUUGUUAGUUUGAUUCUCCAUGACUGUGUCAAGUAUGACAAGUCACGGGAGUAUUUGGAGGAGGUCUAUGAGAAUGUCAUCAGGAGAAUUCCACAACCGACCCUCCAGACCAUUGAUUCCAACCUCUUGAAACCGUUUACACAAUUUUCUGAUACUAUCGUGGGGGGGCACGUGAACGAUGGAGGGGACAGAACACCAAUGCCUGAUAAUGAGAAUGAUUUUAGUGUUGGAGGUGAGCCGUGUCCACAAAUAGCUUCUCCAGAUGAUGUUCGUCAUGUUGAAAGGUGUGAGGAGAAAACGAAGACGAUUGUCCUUGAGCCUAGGAGGAAGAGUGUUAAAGAGAGAUUAGGACGAAGGGUUGCGCUGAACGGACCGAGAAGAGUUGAAGAACAAGAACCUCUAGAUUUGAUCCCCAUAGAUCGAGUCAGCAGACCAACCUCCCUCUACAAAAAACACGUCCAGGAUCUCCAUUUGGACCUAGGGAACAUUCGACAUGGUUUGAAACACAGGGAUUACCGUCGAGUCAUUGAUACUCUCAACUGUACAAGGAAUCGAGAGACCAAACCAUUUGCCAAAGGAUUCUACCACAUCUUAUGUAGAGAAGUUAUGACAUCAGCUGAUCAUCUUCAAGAGCUGAUAAAACUCUCAGUUCACACCAGGAGCUUCAGAAUUCUUCAUUUAUUGUUCGAGAUUGGAUCACACUUCUUAAUCAAAUUAGCUAAUGACGGGACAUGGAUAAUUGCUUAUCGUUUGUUAAAAAUAUUGAAGAGGAUGUGUGGAAUCAGGGAAGCACCGAAAUAUAUUUUUCUAAUGGCGGAAAUUUUCAUUGCCAAUCAGCGACCAUUGAAGGCACUUGCACUAUUAAAUCAGUAUAAUUUGAUCUCCCUGCCUCGAAAUAACUGGGCUCUCAGAAGCCACUCGAUCGAUAAAUCACUGAGGAAAAUGAUUUUGGGAAAUUUAUUGAUGAGUUUAUGUGGGGUCUGUCCUCAGGAGGCACUCAGUGUUUUCAAAAAGAUGUUGGAACAGCAGAUCAAUUGCUAUGAACCUAUUGAUUUGUCUCAGUACACCGAUGAAAUCUGUAAGUCAUUGCUAAAAUCAAAUAGGAAAGAAGAAUUAGUAGAAAUUGCUAAUUUAAUUGUACGUCAUCGAUUAAAUGCACGACGAUCGACAUUACGAGCUCUCAUCGUAGCAGUUUUUCAUUCAGAUUUUAUUUCGUCUCGACGUUUGCAUCAGUACACGACUUGGAUCGGUCUAUAUCCAAUAAUUAAUAUUAUAAAUCCCACGUGCAUUCGAAUUAAUACUGAUUACACAGAGGAGGAGAUGUUCCUCCAGAUUUUUCACCUAUUUAAAAAUAUCAGGGACAAGUUUGGUGCACUUGUCAAAGAUAUUAUUCCAGAGAACGUUUUAAUAUACUUGAACUUUCAGAUUGUCCCGCAGUUCAAGUGCAUUAUCAACGCUCGAUAUAAUGCAAUUGCUCUAGCUCGUGCCAAGAAAUUGAUGAAGAAGGCUCUCAAGCAUUUUAAUCCUGCUAUCAAUGUUGUCAAGGACAUGGAAAAUAUUUUUAAACUCUCGGGUGAAAAUAUUGUCGCUUAUCUCAAUUCCGAAAAUUUUCAACGUCUCUUGAGUGAGGAGACAUAAUCAUUUUAUUUUUCACAGUAAAUGGAGUUGAACUCUUUUGAUCAAUUCAUUGCUCCUUCAUUUGACACUUAUUAUUUUAUUGGUAUGAUGGAAUCACGUCUGGUUUUUCAAUUUUAUUUGACGACACAAUCAAUAGAAUUUUUUAAUUUUUUUACGAUGAUCCUCUGAAGUUUUUUAAUUUUUAUCUCGUGCAGUUUCUAUCAUGUUCAACGAAACUAUGAAUUUAAACGGAUU